UGCUGCCGGAGCCUCUGUAUUGAACCGCUACACGGCAUCCGCAGCAGCAACGGCAGCAGCGUCUCUCCUGUCAACACCGGGACUGCCUGUCCUCCGAGGCAGUGUGUUACAGCAAUAAACCGUUGCACGCAAAGACCAACCGUCUGCAGACAAAAUGGUGAACUUCACUGUGGAUCAGAUCCGUGCCAUCAUGGACAAAAAGUCCAACAUCAGGAACAUGUCUGUGAUUGCCCACGUGGAUCAUGGGAAGUCCACUCUGACGGACUCGCUGGUGUCAAAGGCGGGGAUCAUUGCUUCCUCCCGCGCCGGAGAGACGCGCUUUACAGACACGCGCAAAGACGAGCAGGAGCGCUGCAUCACCAUCAAAUCAACGGCCAUCUCUCUGUACUAUGAGCUUGGAGAAAACGACCUGGCGUUUAUCAAGCACGGUAAAGACGGAAACGGCUUCCUCAUCAACCUGAUUGAUUCUCCCGGUCACGUCGACUUCUCCUCUGAGGUCACUGCUGCCCUCAGGGUAACUGACGGAGCCCUGGUAGUGGUGGACUGUGUCUCGGGUGUGUGUGUGCAGACAGAGACCGUGCUGCGGCAGGCAAUCGCUGAGCGCAUCAAGCCGGUCCUGAUGAUGAACAAGAUGGACCGGGCUCUACUUGAGCUGCAGCUGGAGCCAGAGCAGCUUUUCCAGACUUUUCAGCGCAUCGUAGAGAACGUCAACGUCAUUAUCUCCACCUACGGAGAGGAUGAGGGGGGGCCCAUGGGGAACAUCAUGAUUGACCCUGCUAUCGGUACAGUUGGGUUCGGCUCAGGCCUCCAUGGCUGGGCUUUCACCUUGAAGCAGUUCGCUGAGAUGUAUGUGGCGAAGUUCACUUCGAAAGGACAUGCUCUGAGUCCAGCAGCGAGGUGUAAGAAAGUGGAGGACAUGAUGAAGAAACUGUGGGGAGAUAGAUAUUUUGAUCCAAAUGCCGGCAAGUUCAGUAAGACUGCCACCGGUCCUGAUGGCCAGAAACUUCCCCGCACCUUCAGCCAGCUCGUUUUGGACCCCAUCUUUAAGGUUUUUGACGUUAUCAUGAAUUUCAAGAAGGAAGAGACAGCCAAACUAAUUGAGAAGCUGGACGUCAAGCUAGACUCCGAGGACAAGGAGAAAGAGGGGAAGCCUCUGCUGAAGGCUGUGAUGCGCCGUUGGCUGCCUGCUGGGGAGGCCCUGCUCCAGAUGAUCACCAUCCACCUGCCCUCCCCCGUCACUGCACAGAAGUACCGCUGUGAGCUGCUCUAUGAAGGGCCGGGAGACGACGAGGUUGCCAUGGGUAUUAAGAGCUGCGAUCCUAAGGCUCCUCUGAUCAUGUACAUUUCCAAGAUGGUCCCAACCAACGACAAGGGUCGUUUCUAUGCAUUUGGCCGUGUAUUCUCUGGCUGCGUGUCCACUGGCCUGAAAGUGCGUAUCAUGGGGCCAAACUUCACCCCUGGCAAGAAGGAGGACCUUUACUUCAAACCCAUCCAAAGGACCAUUCUGAUGAUGGGCCGGUAUGUGGAGCCCAUAGAAGACGUCCCAUGUGGCAACAUCGUGGGUCUUGUUGGAGUAGACCAGUUCCUGAUUAAGACAGGAACUAUUACCACCUUUGAACAAGCCCACAACAUGAGGGUGAUGAAGUUCAGUGUGAGCCCGGUGGUCAGAGUUGCUGUGGAGGCCAAGAACCCUGCUGACCUGCCCAAGCUGGUGGAGGGACUGAAGCGUCUGGCCAAGUCUGACCCCAUGGUGCAGUGCAUCAUCGAGGAGUCCGGGGAGCACAUCAUCGCUGGAGCGGGAGAGCUGCAUCUGGAGAUCUGCCUGAAGGACCUGGAGGAAGACCACGCCGGCAUUCCACUGAAGAAAUCAGACCCAGUCGUGUCUUACAGAGAGACAGUGAUGGAAGAAUCAGACCAGAUGUGUCUGUCCAAGUCCCCCAACAAGCACAAUCGUCUCUUCAUGAAGUCCCGCCCUUUCCCCGACGGCCUGGCUGAAGAUAUCGAGAAGGGGGAUGUCAGCCAUCGCCAGGAGCUCAAGGCCCGUGCACGUUACCUCGCCGACAAGUACGAGUGGGAGGUGACGGAGGCCAGGAAGAUCUGGUGCUUCGGUCCAGACGGAAGCGGGGCCAACCUGCUGAUAGACAUGACGAAGGGGGUCCAGUACCUCAACGAGAUCAAGGACAGUGUCGUGGCUGGUUUCCAGUGGGCGACUAAAGAGGGUGCUCUGUGUGAGGAGAAUAUGCGCGCAGUUCGCUUUGACAUUCACGACGUGACACUGCACGCAGACGCCAUCCACCGUGGUGGAGGACAGAUUAUUCCCACGGCUCGUAGGGUCCUGUACGCCUGCCAGCUCACUGCUCAGCCACGACUCAUGGAGCCUAUAUACCUGGUGGAGAUACAGUGCCCCGAGCAGGUGGUCGGUGGUAUCUAUGGUGUGUUGAACAGGAAACGAGGUCAUGUGUUUGAGGAAUCCCAAGUGAUUGGCACUCCCAUGUUUGUGGUGAAAGCCUACCUGCCUGUCAACGAGUCCUUUGGGUUCACAGCUGACCUGCGCAGCAACACUGGAGGCCAGGCCUUUCCUCAGUGUGUGUUUGACCACUGGCAGAUUCUUCAGGGAGACCCCAGCGACUCCACCACCAGACCCUUCCAGGUUGUCGCUGAAAUUAGGAAACGCAAAGGUCUGAAAGAGGGCAUUCCUGCUCUCGACAACUACUUGGACAAAUUGUAGACAUUGACCCUGGAUUCUAAAAUACCAAAUCAAUCUCUAAACCCUAACCCCGUGGGCACUUUAAACAUUUUGCACAGGCUUAAAGAUACAUCGCACAAGUUGUUUUUACUUUGAGUCCGGAGCAGAAGCAAAGCUUUAACCUUUAGUUGUAGGCUAGUGGAAGCAGUGAUGCUUUCUUCAUUUCACAGGUACAGUACACCCCAAGUGCCUAGGGCGAGGGUUUUGGGGAACAAUUGGAUAUCAGUUGUAUUCCUUGUUUCUUCUAUUCCUCCACAUCACCCCCCCCCCCCCCCCCCUCUCUCUCAUCUGCCAGGAUGGGCCUGUACAGUGCACUGCAAUAAUGCUGCAAUAAUGCAUAUAUAUAAAGGCCAGAUUAAACAUUGGAAACCACAAUAAAGUGUUACAGAAGUCAAACUUCCUGGAUUGGACCUUUAUUCAGCGGAUGUAAUUAAUAAAAACAUUCAACUCAUGAUGACAUUGUGAUUCUCGAGAUACUGUUGUUUCUGUAGUGGACUUAAUUUGGUAAAUAGCUUCUUUGCUUUUGGCAGUGAAUUAAAUGAGAAGAUCAAUACCAUUCUGACUUUUAUAUGGUGAGUACAGCCUGAGGCUAUAGCAGCAGCCGGUUAACUUAGCGUCGCACAAAGACUGAAAACAGAGAAACCUUCUAAAUCUUCCUAGAAACUAAAUGUUUCUAUGCAGAGUUAAGAAAUAUAUGUUUGGGUCAAAACAUGAAAAAUA